UCAAAGCAGACAGUUGACUUCUCUGUUAACUUCAACGGACAGUGACACAAUGGCAACCACGGACGGAGAAUACGGUGCGAUAACGGACGCCACUGAGGACACUGAGGCGGUUUGUGAUCUGGUGAAGAAAACAGUGGAGGAAAAGACAGGAAAGAAGUAUGUGGAAUUCAAAGCAGUUAAAUACAGGCAGAAAGAUGUUGUGGGAGGAACCAACUACCUCAUCAAGGUUCAUGUUGGAGGAGAUGACUACAUUUAUUUGACAGUCUUCGAAGAUAUCGGAGAAGAGGUUUUCCUGCAUGAUGUACAGGAUCAUCAGACCAUAGACAGCCCCCUCGUACCUUUUUAGAAACUGAUCCCAGAACCAGUUUCAAGAGUAAAAUACUUAAAGGCUGCAGUCUCAUGUUAAAAUCUUCUGCUUCUUUAUUCUGAAAUGAUUUAACAUUGAUUUUCAAUGUUUUAACGCUGAGAGAUGAAGAGAUUUGGUGGAAUGCAAUAUCUUUUAUCCCCAAAUAAAUAUUCUGCCACUA